GGGGGAGGUUGGAGAAAAAAACUGCAGCUCUUCUAAAAAUACGGAGAGCAUGCAAGAGUGCGAGCAGGCUGGGGAGGAGGGUGAGGUGAGCGCGCCUCGCACCAUGUUCCCCGGGUGCCGGCGCGGCACAGUUUCGGAGAUGUCCCUCCUGUGACUGGACGCACCAUGAGCAUCUGGGAGGUGAUCCUGGCUUUCGUGGUGGUGGUGCUGAUGCUCGUGGCCCUGCUGGCCAACGUGCUGGUGCUGAUGUGCUUCCUGUACAGCGCCGACAUCCGCAAGCAGGUCCCGGGAUUGUUCAUCCUCAACCUCACCUUCUGCAACCUGUUGAUGACUGUUUCGAACAUGCCCCUGACCUUGGCUGGGAUCAUUUUCAAGAGCCAACCAGGAGGAGAUCAGAUCUGCCACAUUGUGGGCUUCCUGGAGACUUUUCUCACCACGAACUCCAUGUUGAGCAUGGCAGCUUUGAGCAUUGACAGGUGGAUUGCUGUGGUCUUCCCUCUAAGUUAUCACUCCAAAAUGAGGUACAGAGAUGCUGCUCUCAUACUGAGCUACACGUGGUUACACUCGGUGUCGUUCCCGAUAGUGGCAGCUUCUCUCUCCUGGGUGGGUUUCCAUCACCUCUAUGCCUCCUGCACCCUGUACAACAAGAGACCAGAGGAUAGGACACAGUUUGUGAUUUUCACUGGGGUCUUUCACACCCUCAGCUUCCUCCUCUCCCUUAUAGUCCUGUGUUUCACAUAUCUAAAAGUGCUGAAGGUGGCACGGUUUCACUGUAAGCGGAUUGACGUGAUCACUAUGCAGACCCUGGUGCUGCUUGUGGACAUCCAUCCCAGCGUAAGAGAGCGUUGUCUAGAAGAACAAAAGAGACGGAGGCAGCGAGCAACAAAGAAAAUAAGUACCUUUAUUGGUACUUUCAUACUUUGUUUUGCACCUUAUGUAAUUACAAGACUUGUUGAAUUAUCCUCUGUGGUCCAUAUCAAUUCCCACUGGGGAAUCAUUUCCAAGUGCUUAGCUUACAGCAAAGUUGUUUCAGACCCUUUUGUGUACUCUUUGCUACGGCAUCAGUACAAGAAGACAUGGAAAGACAUCAUAAACAAGAUCCUCAAAAGAAGCUCCAUCAAUUCCUCUGCCCUCACGAGUGAAUCGCACAAUCGGAAUAUAUUGCAGCUGAAUGAAUGAGGAGCCUGGUAUGGGACCUUCAAGACACAUAAAAUGAUAUAUGGGAAACAAAAGUAACUGGCCUAUCCCUAGUAGCCAUCCUGAGCUGUCAAGGUUUCGGGAGGCGGUCAUGGACAGCGUGAAGCCCAGUCCGUGGCCCUCCAGUAGCCCAUGUAACACCUAAGGGAGGCUGCUUGGUACCUCCUGCCUCAGACUAAGAGUGCUAUUGAUCUGUGGUCCCGCAGGCUUCGCAGAUACAAAUCUCCCAUUGAUUUCCAUCAGCAGUUACACAUACAUAUUGGGUAAAAAGCUAGUCCUCAGCAGAAGGACUCAUGAAAGUAAUGGGA